AUGGCGACGAGUCGGCGGAUGAGCACGGCCAUAUUACAACGAGGAACUCUGCAGUCUCGACAAUUGCAGCGCGGGGAUAUAAUACGACAAUACGCCUCGGCGGCAGCAGCAGCCUCGACUACCGCGGCAGCUGAAAACAAAAAGACGACGAGCAGCACGAGUGAUAGCAAAGCUUCUACUACUACUCCGUCGACUAAAACCGCCGGUGCAUCAGCGACAAAGUCCACGGACUCAAAAGCAUCUCAGACGCUUCCACCACCAAAGGUCAAAGUCGUCCUGAAAGACUACGACCCGUACGAGAGCCUUGACCCCGACUUUCAAGAUUCGAGCAAGUCUGUUGCCGACCUUGCGGGCGCGGCCUCGUGGAAGUCGGCGAUCGUGCUGAAGUUUAUGAAUUUGUUGAAGAUGGAUAUCGAGGAGAACCAGGCGGCGCCUGUCGCGGGUAGAAUCUAUGUCGAUGUCUGCAAGAUGCAGGCAUAUCAUCCGCCAGAAGCUACCGAGUUCUCUGAUUCUGCGGAAUUUUUCUACAAGGAUCUGGGACUCACGCCGUCUCUCGCCCAAUGGUUCCAAAUAACCUCUCUGCACAUGUGGAUCAUGCUCGUGCGCAUGCGCGCUCUGCCCGAGAAAUACGCGCCGGUAUACGAGCAAGCGCUCGUCGACGGAAUCUUCAUCGACAUUGAACGCAUGCUCGUGUCCGACUACAAGAUCAAGAGCGGUCGCAUUAUCAACAAUACCAUGAAAGAGCUCAAUCUGCUGCUGCGCGGAAGCGUGUUGGCGUACGACGAGGCGUUGAUGACGAACGAUGCUGUGUUUAGCGCUGCUAUCUGGAGAAACAUCUUCGGCGCGAAAAAGGAAAUCGACAUGAAACACGUCGCGACGCUCGUCAAGUACGCGCGCGCACAUCUGUACGUGCUCGAAAAGAUGUCUGACUUUGACUUUGCCGUCGGAAGAUUCACCUUCCUUCCCCCCUGGCUCGAUCAGAACCCGGACAACAUCCUGCAGUACCAGCCGCCGCCUCUGCCGUCUAAUAAGAUUUUCCCUGGCUACGAAUCCAAGUUCAGCAGAGAUAACUAG